AUGAAAACGCGCACAACACAGCCCCUCUUCUCGCUACCCUCGCUAUCCUUCCUCCUCCUCAUCGCCCUCCUCUCCACCUUCCUCUCGCUCACACCCGUGACAUCCGCCGCGGGCGUCGACCCGGCGUCCCUCGCGUCCCAACCCUACCAGUACUUCCGCUCGGACGGCGUCGGGGGCAGCAGUGCCGCGUGCUGGCUCAGCCGUGUGCCCUUCCCCGCCAUCGACGGCAUCAGCUGUCGCUUCGCCGAUACGAUAUCCCAAGUCAAAGGCCGGCAGAUCUGGCAGUGCGACGGCGACCAGGGCAAAUUCUGCGACGGCUGCCACCAGUUGGAGGCCAAGCUAACGGAUCCCAAGGACUUGGUCGCGUGGAAGGUUCAAGGUUGUUAG